UAUUUUAUUUACUUUGACAAAGGUUAGUAACCUAAAACGUUUGCACACUUGAUUUAUUUAAAUAUACCUGACAGCUUACUACCAACCCUCGGGACAAGAAGGCAAGAGAAGCAAGCUGGUGGGGAAUCCUGAUAGCAAAGAAGAUGUCAGCCAAAAAGAGUUUAAAUAACGAAGAUGCAGAAUUAGCACGAAAUAAAGCAUCAACACCAACACCAUGGCAGAUCUUCCAACUGAUGCAUACUUAUGAACCACAGAUUGUUCCAAAUGAUAUCAGGAGUGUAAUAUGGACAGCCACCAAGGCAGACUUGCAGGAAAUGAUUUUUAAUGCCUUGAUUCCCCAGGAUACGAUGGCUUCAGCGGGGAUAGACCCGGAAUCCUAUGAGCACUUCAUGGAUUGCGUCACAGAAAUUCGAGAAAAGAUCUGGGAAGGGGAAUUGCAGACAGCAUUGAGUAUUCUACGCGGUGCCAGACGUAUUUUCUCCGCUUCUAAUGACGUUGAUCUCCGGCACGUUUUUUGUGGACCACCCAUCGAGGUGCUGGCCGAUAUUUACUAUGAUGGCAUCGGAGUCUUGCCCAAGAACCAAAUGACUGAAGAUCCUUUCCAUCAUUCUCUUUUUUCAGAUAGAUUAUUUGAUGAGCGAGUCUAGAAUAAUACAUAGUUCUCCUGAAGUUCAAGAUGUUUGUAAGAUUUAAUCACAUGUAACAUUUUGCUGGGCUUGCCAUUCUAAUAAUGAAAAAGCAUUUAGAAUGCAUAUUUAAAUACGCACACUGUCUUUCUGAAGAAAAGUUUAAGCCACUGGCCACAUUUGCAAUAUGGCAUUGUGCAAUUCAGGCCGAUGCCCAGUACUCAGAAAAGAGAUUGCCUCCUGGUGUACUGACCAAUUCUUGACCUAAAGGACCAAACUUUGUGUUUACAAAAAUCUUAUAAAGGAAAAUUAAUUUUUAUGUUUUCUUAAAUCCUUUUUGUUACAUCUUUAAAAUUGUUAUUGUACAUUAAACUCAUUUUUUCCUGAACAUUAA